UAUCAUUCUGAUUAGAUGGCACAUAUUUAUACGUAGUGGACUACAAUGCAUUUCUCAAGAACGUGGAAAUUAAAUCUGGAACAAGAAAAGUUGGUAUACGCCGUGAUCAUAUUAUUUUUAAGUUCGGUAUUUUGUGAGGUGGAGGUGAAAAUUACCAAAGGAAUUUUGAAAGGUCGAAUUUUGAAAUCUAGAAAUGAUCGACCUUAUUACUCGUUUACUGGUAUACCAUAUGCAAAACCACCAGUUGGAAAACUUCGAUUUGAGGCUCCUGAACCAGUUGAUCCAUGGGUUGGUACAUUAGAUGCUACUAAGAAUUCAAAUACAUGCGUUCAAAAACAUGAAACUGAUAGCAGUGAAGAUUGUCUAUAUUUAAAUGUAUAUACACCAAGUACAGAUGGUAAUUUCCCCGUAAUGUUUUGGAUUCACGGAGGGGCGUUUUAUUUAGGACAUAGUAAUCCGAAUAUGUUUGGUCCGGAUUAUUUUAUGGAUAAAAACGUAGUUUUGGUCUCGAUUAAUUUUAGACUAGGCAUAUUAGGUUUUUUGAGUACUGAAGAUGAUGUUAUCCCCGGAAAUUAUGGAAUGAAAGAUCAAGUUGAGGCAUUGCGGUGGGUUCAAGAAAACAUUGUUAAAUUUGGUGGUAACCCCAGAAAAGUGACUAUUUUUGGCGGAAGCUCUGGUGGAGCUAGUACUGGUUAUCACUUAUUAUCGCCGAUGAGUAAAGGUCUAUUCCACAAAGCCAUACUUCAAAGUGGUACUCCAUUAUGUCGUUGGAGUACGUAUCUACCGGGUGUAGCUCGCGUUAGAAGUAAAAUUAUUUCACGUAUAGCUGGAUGUGCUGGAAACUCAUCUUCAAAAAACAUAUUGAAAUGUCUCAAGGCGUUACCGGAAAGAUUUUUCAGUGAUGUUUAUGAAACACUUUGGGAAUGGCGCUCAUAUCCAACAGUAUUAUUUUCACCGGUAGUGGAGCAAUGUGACUCGGGUCAAAAAGCGUUUCUUUGUCGUCAUCCGUUGAAUGAGUUUAAACAAGAAUCAUUUGUGCCAACUAUAAUCGGACUAAACUCAGCUGAAGGUGGAAUGAUAGUUUCUUCUUUGUACAAUGACACGUCUAUUCGAUAUCCAGAAUUGUAUACAGAUUUUAAUCGCUUGUUAUCGAUUAUACUAUCAUAUCAGUAUUUUACACUCAAUUCGGAUGAAAUUGGUAAAAAUGUGUUCAAAAAAUAUUUCCCAUCUGGAAAAAUAGGAGAUCAUUCACAUUUUAAAACUAUAAAAAUGAUAACUGAUGGUCGUUAUCUUCAUGGUAUAUUAGACAUGGCUUUUAAACUGGUGUCACCAGUGUAUUUUUAUUUAUAUGACUAUCAAAAUGAAUUUUCAUUUAACACUUUAUAUGGUAAAUGUAAUAAAAAAUUAGGGAUCACGCACGGUGACGAAUUAACCAGUCUAUUUAAAUCGGAUAUCACAAAUCCUAGAAAAUUAAAUUUAAGAGACACGGCGGUUUCAAAGUUGAUGGUUGAUGUUUGGUCAACAUUUGCUACAGAAAAAUUACCUACUAUUGAUGGUACAAUAAAUAGUCCAGUUUGGCCUAAAUUUGAUUCACAGAGACAAUCAAUACUUCACAUACAUUCAGAUCAUCCAGAUAUUAUACAAAAUCCGUUUGAAGAAAAGUAUUUAUUUUGGAAUAAUUUGCCUCUUCUUUCUAAUUUCAAGAAAAUUAUUUCUAAAAAUAAAUUUUUUCUAGAUCAUAUAAAAAAUGAAUUGCAUUUUUUUAUUUUUUAUCAAAAAUUAAUUACAAUGAAAAUAUUUGGUAUACUUAUGCUGCUAGUUGGACUUGUACUUGGUACGGAUAAUAUUUUAAAUUUAAGUCAAGGAAAGAUAAAAGGUAAUAUUUUUAAGUCGAGAAAUGGACGGGAAUUUCAAGCAUUUCAGGGAAUACCCUAUGCCAAACCACCGAUUGGGGAUCUUAGAUUGCAGGAUCCAGUAAAAGCGAAUUCAUGGAGUGGUAUUUUAGAUGCGACCAAGGAAAAACCAAUGUGUAUUCAAAAAAAUUUGUUCAUGUAUCAAACAUAUAAUAAACUUUUGGGUGACGAGGAUUGUUUAUAUAUCAAUGUAUAUACUCCUAAGGUCCAAAAAAAAAAUAAAAAUGAUUUGCUCCCGGUUAUGGUUUGGAUCGCAGGUGGAGGAUUUAGUUCAGGACAUGGAGGUAUGAGCUUAUAUGGUCCUCAAUAUUUGCUAGACAAGGAUAUUGUUGUUGCUUCAUUUAACUAUAGAGUUGGACCUCUAGGGUUUUUAAGUACUGAAGACGAUAUAUUACCAGGAAACUAUGGUAUGAAAGAUCAAGUCUUAGCAUUAAAGUGGGUUAAAAAUAAUAUUGAAAAGUUUGGUGGAGAUCCGAAUAAAGUAACAAUAUUUGGCGAAAGUGCUGGAUCAGCUAGUGUUGGAUUACAUUUAUUAUCUCCGCUGAGCAAAGGAUUAUUUCAUAAAGCAAUAUUGGAAAGUGGGACUCCCCUUUGCCGAUGGAGUGUAUCUCCGCCAGGAUGGGCUAAACGUAGAGCCUCAGCUCUAGCUACUAUUUCUGGUUGUCCCCAAGACUCAAAACAGUUGACUAAAUGUCUAAAAGAUAUGCCUGCAAAGAUAUUAGUAGAUCUUCUUUACAAUUUUUUUGAAUGGAAAAUAUUUCCGGCAAUCACUUUCAUGCCCGUUGUAGAAAAUUGUGAAAAUAAAACAGGGUUUUUAUGUAAAUACCCUUUGCUUGAUUUUAAACAAGAAACCAAUGUUCCAAUCUUAAUGGGUAUGAACUCCGGAGAAGGUGGUAUUUUUGCUGCUCGAGUUCAUAAUGAAAAAUGUGAACUUGAUCCUGAAUUAAAGAAUGAUUUUGAUUACUAUAUUUCAUCGUUACUUAUUUAUAAAUACACGACAAAGAUGUCCGAUCUUCCCAUCAUUAGUAAAAAGAUUUAUAAUCGUUACUUCACUAAAGGCAAUACGGAUGGUCCUUUAAAUUAUGUUAAAAUGAUUGGUGGUGGAAUUUUUCUUCAAGGAGUAUUUGAUAUGGCAACCAAAUUAUCAUCACCGGUGUACUAUUAUAUUUAUAAUUAUACAAACGCGAUGUCAUUUAAUUCAAAUUAUGGACCAUGUAAUACUAAUUUAGGAGUAACACACGGUGAUGAAAUGAUAAGUCUAUUCUAUGCCGAUGGCCAGGCCGAAUUAAAAGGGGAGGAUCUCAAUGUAUCUAAGCUUAUGGUUGAUAUAUGGACUAGUUUUGCUAUCACUGAUAAAAAACUUACGAUUGAUGGCACUAAAAAAGGAAAAAAAUGGCCAAAGCUGGAUUCCAAAAGUAUGCAAUAUUCGUUGAUCAGUUCAAGUAAACCCAUCAUAUCUAAAAAGCCAUUCAUAGAAGAGUACGAAUUUUGGAAAAGCUUACCAUUAUUAUCAAAAUUUGAGAAGACUGAAAAGGUUUUAAAAACUGAACUCUGAUUUAAAAACAAUCAAAUGCAAGCUUAUACUAUUUUUUUUUUUUUUUUUUUUUUUGAAGUGUU